AUGGAAGAGACUUUACCCCGCUUUGACUCCUACCGCAAUCUCUUUGGGCUGCCUCUGAUAGGCCGCCGAGACACAGAGCUGGUCUUAACCGGCGCCAAGCUCUUUGCCCGCAAGCUGAACCUCAAGCGCUGCUCCCUGGUGCGCCCCAGUGACCUGCAGCCCCGGCCCUUGGAGGCUCUGAACCAGGGCCUGAACCUCACCAAGAUCCUGCGUGCUGCCCUGCCUGCCAGCCACAAAUCCAUCGUCUCCUUCCGGCAGCUGCGUGAGGAGGUGUUCGGGGAGCUGGUCAACACUGAGCAGGUGGCCGGCAUCAAGUGGGCGCGCUUCCCCGAGCUCAACAAGCUCCUCAAAGGGCACCGCAGAGGGGAGCUCACCAUCUUCACAGGCCCGACGGGCAGUGGGAAGACAACCUUUAUCAGCGAAUAUGCGCUGGACCUGUGCAUGCAGGGGGUGUGCACGCUGUGGGGCAGCUUUGAGAUCAACAACGUCCGUCUGGCCAAGAUCAUGCUGACGCAGUUUGCCACCCAGCGCCUGGAGGACCAGCUGGAGCUGUAUGACGAAUGGGCCGACCGCUUCGAGGACCUCCCGCUCUACUUCAUGACCUUCCACGGCCAGCAGAACAUCAAGACGGUGAUUGACACCAUGCAGCACGCUGUCUACAUGUAUGACAUCACCCACGUGGUUGUUGACAACCUCCAGUUCAUGAUGGGACACGAGCACCUCUCUGUGGACAGGCUCGCUGCCCAGGACUACAUUGUUGGUGCCUUCCGCAAGUUUGCUACGGACAACACCUGCCACAUCACGCUGGUUAUCCAUCCCCGCAAGGAGGAUGAUGAGAAAGAGCUGCAGACAGCCUCCAUCUUCGGCUCUGCUAAGGCCAGCCAGGAGGCCGACAACGUCCUCAUCCUGCAGGACCGUAAGCUGAUGACGGGGCCAGGGAAGCGCUACCUGCAGGUGUCCAAGAACCGCUUUGAUGGGGACGUGGGCAUCUUCCCCCUGGAGUUCAGCAAGGCCUCGCUCACCUUCUCGUCCUCUGGCAAAAGCAAGGUCAAGCUGAAGAAGAUGAAGGAGGAGAAGGCCUCUUUAGCCAAGAAAACUCCCCAGGGAGGCUCAGGAGCCUCCAAGAAGCCGUGA